AUGGCGUGUGGCAGUGGGAAGGUCACCAUCCAGCUGGUGGAUGAGGAGGCAGGACCUGGAGCCCAGGACCCGAAGCUUUUUAGAGGCCAGAGCUAUGAGGCAAUCCAAGCAGCCUGCCUGGAUGAGGGGAUCCUGUUCCGUGAUCCCUACUUCCCUGCUGGCCCUGAUGCCCUUGGCUAUGACCAGCUGGGGCCAGACUCAGAGAAGGCCAAAGGAGUGAAAUGGAUGAGGCCCCAUGAGUUUUGUGCUGAGCCCCAGUUCAUCUGUGAGGACAUGAGCCGGACAGACGUGUGUCAGGGGAGACUGGGUAACUGUUGGUUUCUUGCGGCUGCCGCCUCCCUCACGCUGCACCCCCGACUCUUGCGCCGAGUGGUGCCCCCUGGACAGGGUUUCCGAGACAACUAUGCCGGCGUCUUCCACUUCCAGGUAAAGCUCGGUUCCUCUGCUCAUGCCUCAGUUUCCCCAGAUACCUUGCUAAGGGUUCCAGACCAAGUCACAGCCCGAGACCCUAAUGCACACCACCCCCUGAAGCCCUCCAAACGGCAAACUCCUUCCUCCACCAACAGGCUCCACGGCUCCUAUGAGGUGAUGCGAGGCGGCCACAUGAAUGAGGCUUUCGUGGACUUCACAGGUGGCGUGGGCGAGGUGCUCUACCUGAGACAAGACAUCCCAGGCCUCUUCUCGGCCCUGCGCCACGCCCUGGCCAAGGAGUCCCUCGUGGGUGCCACUGCCCUGAGUAACCAGGGCGAGUACCGUACAGAAGAUGGGCUGGUGAAGGGACAUGCAUAUUCAGUCACGGGCACGCACAAGAUGUCACUGGGCUUCACCAAGGUGCGGCUGCUGCGGCUACGGAACCCAUGGGGCCGUGUGGAGUGGACCGGGCCCUGGAGCGACAGCUGCCCACGCUGGGACGUGCUGCCCCCGGAGUGGCGAGAUGCCCUGCUGGUGAGGAAGGAGGACGGUGAGUUUUGGAUGGAGCUGCAGGACUUCCUCCGCCACUUCAACACCGUCCAGAUCUGCUCGCUGAGCCCGGAGGUGCUGGGCCCCAGCCCAGCGGGAGGCGGCUGGCACACCCACAUCUUCCAAGGCCGCUGGGUGCGAGGCUUCAACUCUGGCGGGAGCCAGCCUGCUGCCGAGACCUUCUGGACCAACCCCCAGUUCCGGCUGACGCUGCUGGAGCCUGAUGAGGAGGACGAUGAGGACGAGGAUGGGCCCUGGGGGGGCUGGGGGGCCGCAGGGGCUCGGGGCCCUGCUCGCGGGGGCCGCGUCCCCAAGUGCACUGUCCUCCUGUCACUCAUCCAGCGCAACCGGCGGUGCCUGAGGGCCCAGGGCCUCACUUACCUCACUGUGGGCUUCCACGUGUUCCAGGUGGGACCUCUGGGCUGAAGAGAGGCAGGGCUGAGGGGGUGUCCGAGAAGGCCAAGAGGGGCUGGGAGGCUGAGGGUGGGGCAGAGAGAGACACACAGAGAGACAGAGCUGGGGCUCACGCAUGCUAAGCAAGGGGGGGGGCAGGGAGAGACUGAGGGGCUAGGGAGGGCACAGAGAAUAGACGACGUGAUCAGCGCUGACCUGCACGCUCUCAGGGCCCCCAGCAUUCCCCUGGACCUGGGGUUGAAGCUGCUGUUUCAGGAGCUGGCAGGAGAGGAGGAAGAGCUCAGUGCCCCUCAGCUCCAGACCUUAUUAAGCAUUGCCCUAGAGCCUGCCAGGGCCCACAGCUGGACCACCGGAGAGAUCGGGCUCAGGACCUGUGAGCAGCUGCUGCAGUGCUUCGGGCAUGGCAGACGCCUGGCCCUGCACCACUUCCAGCAGCUCUGGGGCCACCUCCGGGAGUGGCAGGCCAUAUUCGACAAGUUCGACCAGGACGCCUCUGGCACCAUGAACUCCCAUGAGCUGAGGCUGGCGCUGAAUGCUGCAGGCUUCCACCUCAACAACCAGCUGACCCAGGCCCUUACUAGCCGCUACCGGGACAGCCGUCUGCGUGUGGACUUGGAGCGCUUUGUGUCCUGUGUGGCCCAGCUUACCUGCAUCUUCUGCCACUGUAGCCAGCACUUGGAUGGGGGCGAGGGAGUCAUCUGCCUGACCCGCCAACAGUGGAUGGAGAUGGCCAACUUCUCCUAGGAUCUUGGCAGGGGAGCGCCUGCGGCUGGAGGCAGGAGAGCUGCAGGAGCCCUGCCUUUCCCGGUCAGCCUGGACCAGGGUUUAUUCCACAGCGAGGGGGUUCUGAGCCAAACCAGCCCCCCAGCCCCUCCACCUCCCUGCCUGGCACGGGGGCUGACGCUCUGACAUCAGGCAGUGCUUCUGAGCAUGGCCUUGGGAGCCGGUCUGCCACACACUCACCACCGGGUGACGCUGGGCAGGUCACUGCCCCUCUGAGCUUUGCUCUCCUCACCUGUGAACAGGGGUGAUGGCGCGCCUUCUUGGGCAGCCACAUGAGCUGGUCGAUUGUGUGCUGAGCACAGUGCCUUCCCUGACUGGGUCCCCAACAGCGUUAUUUUACACUAAUGGAAACAGGGAUGUGGCACCCCAGGCCCUGCCCCACUCUGCGGAGAGGUGCUGUGUCACUGCCCUGCUAACAAUCAGAGAACAGAGACUGGAGAGAGAGGAUACUGCAGACUCCUUCUUAAAAAUAUUAGGUUUAUUAUCCUGUCCCCAGAAGGGUGGUUUAUCCAGAAACCAAGAAAAAAAAUCAAUCCAAAUAAAACAAAAGGGAAAUGGGAAAGGAACAAAACCAUCAACUAACAGGCAGCCAGGCCAGCAGCCCACCCCCCACCUCAGGAGGGUCCCCAGAGACCCAUGCCUGACGGCAGACAACAGAAAAAUCAGUAAGGGGCUGGGGGAGGGGAGCAAAUCAGCUAUGUCUUCAUUAUGAGCAAGAGGCGGCAAAGAUAUGUUGCUAGGUGAAUAUAUAUUUAUAUAAUAAAUCCGUAACUUAAUAAAGUAAAUAGUAAUUCUCUGAAAGGUUUAAAUUUUUUAUAGCUUUCUUUUUUUUGGUGAUUUUGUGUGUUUUUUUGUUUUUUUGUUUUGGUUUUGGUCCUUAGAAGAUCUGAGAGAGACCCAGGUCCAGACAAAGCCAGGUGUGAGCGGCUGGGGGCAGGGGUAGAAGGCUGGGUGCCCAAUCCACUCCUCUGUUGCAGAAGGGGACACUGAGCUGCACUCCCCCACCUCCUGGCAAUCGCAAAGGAGGGGAGGGGUAAAGGGAGCAGGGUGGGUCCUCUUUCCUAUUGGGUAGCUGUGGUGCCCUCUGCUGGGCCCAUCACAGGUGUGAGCAGUUCCUGGACAAGGCACAUAGGGCUUUGGCCUAGAUGUGGGAGGCCUUGAAGGGACCUCAGGGGGGAAAAAGGAAGGGGCAGGUUGUGGUGGGCAUUCCUUGGGCCCGGAGGGGACCUGUUUUGCUGUGGGGAUCCACUGUCCCCUCCACAUGGUU